AUGUCAUUUGAAGGAUGUGGUAUUUGGGAGGUGCAGCAUGUGCAAAGCCGCAAAGCGGCCAUUGACCGCAACGCGGUUCGCCGUUGCCAGUUUCCGCUCUUUGGAACAGCUUCGUUUGGUUUCGGCUGGCCCCCCAGACGGCUUACCCCGAUCUACACCGCGACCUCCUGUGGUCACAUUCAAGCUGAGCUGCAAGACUUUUCGGUCGCCUCCUCGGAUGGAGCUGGAUUGGAUGGUGAUGCCAUCAAAGUGGGCUUGGAGGUAUCGGUGUUGGCAUUGUCAGAAUCCAAAUCCCUAUGCCGUGGAGAUUUUGUCUUCAAAGUUCAGACCUGCCUGGUCGUGUCUUGGUGGGUCCCGUUGGGGAGAAUCUUCAAAGUAGAACUGCCGGAAUCUCAGGGUGGUUCCAGGGUCGAUGUUGCCAAGUGGCGGGGAAGGGACACGGCCUCGGUUUUGGAGGGGAUUGUGCGGGUGCAGAUGAACGCAAAGUUGAGUGGUGAAACCUCUGGUUUGCUCAUUCCCGAAUUCUUGGGGGAUUCGGCCAUUCCCAUCUUAAUGGAGCUUCGUUUCUCUGUGGGAAUCAAUGUCUACUUCAUGCCCUACAUCUUGCCACCAUGGGCGCCACCGACAGCACCAAGCUUUAAAAAGGAGUGUGGUCUCAAUAUGAUGGGCGUGCUGGUGAACCAGUUCGUUUCGGCGCAGGCACCUGGCAAAGAAUCUCGACUUGGACCACUGGUGUGUCGCGAAUCCUUCACGGGAAUGGUGAUCCCCCCGGUGGGUGAGUCACCGCCUGAUGGAAAAAUGGCCUUCACUGCGGCACAAGUGGCGCCCACGGAGGUUUUUGCCGGUGAGGUGGCCAAGGAUGCCAGUUUGUUUCUGGUGAUUGGCAUUUCCUACUUCUGUUGCUUCGUUUUUGCGCACGUGUGGAUCUUCGGCGCGCCGCCGGAAUCUGCGAAACGGGCCUAUGCCGGCUGUGGAAGCCGCCUGAACAGUUGCUACAAGUCGCUGAAGAACGAAAACACCUUGCCCUGGAAGGAUCUUACCUUGCUGUCCACUUCGGGAAAGGCUUCACGGCCACAGCCCCUCGGUAGAGGGAAUGGAUUUCUGGAGGAUUUAUGGAUGGAUCCCAAAUCCACCGAGCAUUUGCUGGGCAUUUCCAAGGACGCUUCGCAAUGGACCAACAUCACCGAUGCGCAGCGCAAAGACUCCGUAGACACUCGGGACUUUCUGUUGCAACGCCCACGGCGGGAAAGCAACAGCUCCGGGGGCCUCUCGGAGACCGAGUCGCAGGCCAUGCUUCGCGCUGGUGGAGCUGGUACCAGCUCGGUAGCCACGAGAGAUGCUGAUGUGUCAGAUGCACGCGAGGUGCCGCGAAAUCUCUGGUUUCAAGAUCAAGAUGUCUUAAGUCUUAACUCAGCUCCAAUAUAUAUAAUUAUAUAUAUAUACAUACAUUAA